ACUAUAUGCAAGAUAUAAAUAUCUCAUCCCCAGUGGGUCCUCGUCUCUCUCUCUCUCUUCGUCGACUCGGAAGAACCCUAGAGAGCUGAAGAAUAAUGUCAGGGGUGUACGGUCACGGUUCUGACGGUGGAUAUGGAGGCGGCGGUGGAGGUUACGGGGGAACUGGAGGCCCCGGAGGCAGUGGUGGCGGAUACGGAGGCGGUGCUGGAGGCUACGGCAGCUAUGGCGGUGGCGCUGGGGGUGGAUACGGGGGUGACGGAGGUCACGGCGGAGGAGGUCGCGGAGGCGGAGCGGGAUACGGCGGACGUGGUGGAGGUGGAGCUGGCCGAGGAGGAGGAGGAGGAGGGGGUAGUGGUGGUGGUGGUGGAGCCUACGGCGGAAAUCGAGGAGGAGAUCGUGGCGGCCGAGGUGGAGGCAGAGGAGGUGGCCGUGGAGGUAGCGGAAGAGAUGGCGAUUGGCUCUGCCCAAAUCCGAGCUGCGGCAAUCUGAACUUUGCUAGAAGAGUUGAGUGCAACAAAUGUGGAGCACCUUGUCCUGCUGGUUCUGUUGACAGGGGCAAUGGCAAUGAUCGGGGAAGUGGUGGUUACAAUAGAGGAGCAGGUGGUGGAGGAUAUGGUGGCAACAGAGGGGGGAGAAGUGGCAAUUUUGAAGGUGGUAGAGGUGGUGGCUAUGAUGGAAAAAGUGGGGCUGGUGAUAGAGGUGGUUCAUAUGGUGGUAGCCGAGGGAGAGAUGAUGGUGGUCAAGGGCAGUUUGCGCCUCCUGCACCUCCCUCUUAUGGUGGAGCUGGGGCAGAUUAUAUGCCUCCUAUGAAUGCCUAUGGUGGGAAUUCUAAUUAUGGAACCGAUGCAGUCCCUCCUCCUACUAGCUAUACGGGUGCUCCUACGUACCCUCCAUCAUAUGGUGGUGGAGCAGGUGGCUAUGGUGGUGAAGAAAUGGGAGAUCCAAGGAGUGGAGGUCGUAGAGGGACUUCGUCUGGGUAUGAUGGAGGGUAUGGAGGUGGUGCUCCUCGGCACCAAGGAGGUGGUUAUGGUGGCGGAGGUGGUGGCAAUGCUCCUGAGGCCCCUUCAGCUAAGGUGAAGCAGUGUGACGAGAAUUGUGGUGAUACUUGUGACAACGCAAGGAUCUACAUAUCAAAUUUGCCACCAGAUGUAACGGUAGACGAAUUGAGGGAUCUUUUCGGGGGCAUUGGACAAGUCGGAAGAAUCAAACAAAAGCGUGGCUAUAAGGAUCAGUGGCCAUGGAAUAUCAGAAUUUACACUGAUGAGAAAGGAAACAACAAAGGCGAUGCAUGUUUAGCUUAUGAAGAUCCAUUUGCAGCCCAUUCUGCAGGCGGUUUUUUCAAUAAUUACGAUAUGAGGGGUUAUACGAUUAAUGUUACUAUGGCUGAAAAAUCAGCCCCAAGGCCUCCAUUUGAACACGGGGGUGGCAGAGGUGGCUAUGGGGGAGGUGGAGACAGGCGCAACAGGGAUGGCGGAGGACCAGAUAGAAAUUACCAUGGUGGAAAUCGUUCACGUCCUUACUGAUGGAAAAUCAGCAACAGCACUUGUUAUGUACACUAGAAAUUUGUGGUCAGAAGGUUUAGUAAUGUUUUUGCAUUGGAAGGAUUGUUCUUUGACUGGAGACUAAGAGGUAGGUUGUUCACUUACUUGAGCAAUAAUACCCCUUUUUCUCCUCUGGCCUCUGGAGGGACUUGUAUGCACUGGAUUGAUUUUUGUUGUGUGAAUGUUCUUAUAGAGGCAGGCGGAUAGUCUCCAAAAUUGCUUGCUGCUUCAGGUGAGUGCCAUUCCUUUUGAAAUCACAUUUUAAUGUGGUGCUGCACUAUUUUUGGUCCACAAACAUUUUAGAUCUUCAUCUCUACAUUUAAUUUGGUGCGAUUAUCCAUGUACAUCAUCUUUAGUCAUCCAGGAUAAUCAAAUCUACCCACAAAUGGCCUUGCCGUAUAAGUUGUUGCACUUCUUGUAAGUGGCGAUGAUAUACUUGGGGCUUGACUACUCGCUUUUUUUAGGUCAUUUGACUGAUAGUUUCUUCUUGUCCUAACUGCCCAGAGAUAAAUAUCUAGCUCUAGUGGUCAGUUGAACUGUGAGAGCUGGUCUUUCCCCCUUUGGUAGGAUUAAGUUUUGUGGUAAGCACUCACUGAUAGUAGAUUGCAAGGUUACGCUAAUUAAGUUGGCGAAGUUGACUUUAUUUUGAUAUUUUGUGUGAUAUGUUGCUUCAGUUAGCGGGGUUAGUGGGUGAGAUGAUGGGGGCGGAAAGGCCCUGGAGUGCAGCGGUCUCUCGCUUGGAGCUAGUAGUACAUUUUUUCUGUGUUAGUGAGUUGUAGGGAUAGGCUGGCAGAUUUAAGUUGAUUGAGGGACAACCUUGCUGGGGUGGGGCUUUUACCUUUUCUCUUCGUUGAAGGGCUUGCUGUUGGUUGGAUGCAACUUUCCUUCAAUACUCGUCAACUAAGGGGGAGCCAUGAUAUGGAAGAGCCUUUGUAGAGCGAAGUUUGAGUUAUUUCUUACAACGAUGGGUUUUGGCUCGGUACUUGCUUGCAUGCUUUGUCCAGUUCCUGCUGAGGACCAUAUGGAGAGUGAACUAAUCAGCUGAACCGAUGCUUGUGUGUGACACUCGUUGGUGUUUUUGCUGAAACUUGUCCUGGGCCCAUGUGAUUUUGUGAAGAUGUUUCCCGACUUACGAACACUGAACAUUUGAUAUGUAAUGGACACAUGGGGGCAAGAAUUGAAAUUGUUCCAUUUUAUUCUUUCCUAGGGUAGUUGCUCGACGAAGUGGCCUCGUUGUCUGGGCCUCUUCCGAUUUCAUCCUUAGCUUCCUAAGCUUUGUUUUAAAGAGCAAUGUAUAGUAUGGUAUGCAUGUCAGUUGAAGUUA